GAUCGGCUCGCGCUGGCGUGCCGGGGCCGCUGCAGCCGUCGGCCAUGUCUGCCACGGCGCCGGAGCCCAAGGGCGCGAACGCGGUGCCUGGGUCGAGCACGUACUCAGUGCUGCGUGCGCCGGCGAGACGGGCGCGCUCCGGGCGUCCCCCAUCUCCUCCUCCUCCUCCUCCUGGCAACUCCCUUCGUCAUUGCAAGUGGGACCACGCCGUCAGUGGCUGGCGAACCAUCAAACUCCCGGAUAAGAUUUCCAAGCCAAGGGAAAGGGAAAGAGCAGAGCGGAGGCGAUGGCCGCAACCUGCUCGCUCCGUUCCGUCGUCCGAGCUCCGCCGCCUCCGCGGGGCCUCGCCGGGGCCAGGAGGGCGGUGCGCUGCUGCAGCAGCGCCGCUCCCACCGGCGCCUCCACAUCAAAGCUCGUCCUGGAGGUCAAGGAGAGGCUCCAAAGGGAGCAUCCGGGCCUCCCGACGGGCAGGAGCGGCAGGGAUGACGACGAGAUGAUCCUCUGGUUCUUGAAGGACAGGAAGUUCGCUGUAGAUGAAGCCGUCCCCAAACUGGCCAAGGCCAUCAAAUGGCGUCAGGAUUUCCGCGUGUCGGAAUUAUCAGAAGAAUCAGUGAAAGGAUUGUACCAAACUGGCAAAGCAUAUGUGCAUGAUUCUUUUGACAUCAACGGCAGGCCUGUGCUAGUAGUAGUGGCAGCCAAACAUUUCCCUUCUAAACAAGACUCACUUGAAAAUGAGAAGCUAUGUGCCUUUUUGGUCGAAAAGGCUUUACGUAACCUUCCCAUGGGAACAGAUAAUAUACUUGGAAUUUUCGAUCUUCGAGGCUUUGGUGUAGAAAAUGGUGAUCUCCAAUUCUUAAAGUUUUUGAGAUUUUUCAGAUCGAUGUGUUCUACUAUUACUAUCCCAAGCGGCUUGGCGAAGUUCUAUUUGUGGAUGCACCAUUUGUGUUUCAGCCAAUGUGGCAGCUUGUUAAACCUCUGCUGAAACAAUAUGCCUCCUUGGUAAGAUUUUGUGAUGCCGAGACCGUGAGAAAAGAGUACUUCACAGAAGAAACCGUGCCUCCCGAUUUCCGCCGUUAGGCGUCAUGGUUUCUGAAUCCUGAGCUGUCAUACUGUUAAUGGCUGGUGGCCAGAUUCUGUGGAAGGUCAGUUCAGUGCUGAUUUCCUCUGUUUCUCCCUUUCUUCGUCCUUCUGUCGGUUUAUUUUUCUCCAGCAGUAUAAACAAAUCCAGACAUGAACUGUGAGCUGGACCAUGAGUAAUGUGUGCCAAGGCCGAUUCGAUGGGGUCACAGUCUCACAGAUCAUAGAAUGCUAGCUGAUGUUACAGCGUUGCAACCAUGGUGGUGACGAGAGCUGUAAUCUUCAAUCACCGUUUGACCACUGGAACCGGCGGAACGUUGGACGCCAUAUGUGAAGGCAGGCCAUGGCCAUCCUUUGCUGGUGCCACCGUCGGAUGUCUCAUAAACUUUUCGCCCGCGGAUUUGUUUUCGGGAAAUGUUUGAAGGUUGGGUGUUGUGGCUGGACAACUAUCUUCUAGUACUAAGUUGUGGUUGGUGUAAAUAGUUUGAAGAUUUGUCAACACGGAAUAAAUUUUUGUAACAAGUUUCUGGAAUAAAAUGGUUAUCUCAAUAAUACCGAGUUUGAAGGAUUUUCCC